AUGGCACAAGCAACAUUGGAGAAUGAAAUGUGGAGCGAAGAAGCGCAGCAAUGUCAAGUGAAUUUGACCGACACUGAAAUCAACAUCAAUCACAUUAUGUUCCUAGCGGGCUUGAUACGGCCACUUACCGAUAGAGGCUUGUUCUCCAUCAACGACGACUUCGUAUGCAUUAGUCGUCGGCUCCGGCAGCUUCCUCUUAAGCUGACGCGGAAGACUAUCCACACUCUUAACGUGGAAGACCUCCGAUGCCGAUUCAUUUUUCGUCGAAGUGGAACGGGAAUCUCGAUUGUCCUAUAUACAAUCGAGAAUACUUACACAACUAGUUUCGCAUUCUUUGCCCCGGUUCUCCCGCGUCGUCGAUUUCUAUCAACGUUGCGGGUCCCUCAGAGCUUUAUCAGCAGACUUGGACCUCUCUUCCUCAAGCACAUAACCAUGUUGUCGCGAGCAAAAAUUGAGGCUUAA